AGUCCCUCUAGCGGAAGCUGCAACAGGACGCAUGCGUGCAGCCGCGGCACCGAGCACACCGAACCAACACACCCGUGGUCCCGCAGCAGCUGUUUCUAACUUCACCUGUGGACCCAAAGACUGAAGACACCCAACUGUGUGUCUCCCUGUGCAGCAGAAUGACCAGUGUGGACCAGGUGGCAGCGGUGGGACAGGUUCUGGUGGACCCUGGAGUGGACCUGACCCGGCGCUUCAGAGCCUUAUUCACCCUGAAGAACCUGGGAGGAGCUGAAGCCAUAGACUGGAUCAGUAAAGCCUUCACCGAUGACUCGGCCCUGCUGAAGCACGAGCUGGCGUACUGCCUGGGACAGAUGCAGGACACCCGGGCCAUACCCCCCUUGACUGCCGUCCUCAGAGACACACAGCAGGAACCCAUGGUCCGCCACGAAGCUGGGGAGGCUCUGGGAGCGAUCGGUGAUCCCGUGGUUCUGGACCUACUGAAAGAGUACAGUCAGGAUCCUGUCAUAGAGGUGGCGGAGACAUGUCAGCUGGCUGUGCGGCGCCUGGAGUGGCUGCAGGCUGGCGGAGACACACAGCUGGACGACGGCAGCGCAGAUAAGAACCCGUACUUCUCCGUGGACCCGGCCCCUCCAGCACUGAGGACCAGCGUGCCUGAGCUGCGCUCCAUCCUGUUGGAUGAAAGUCUGCCACUGUUUGAACGCUACCGUGCCAUGUUUGCCCUGCGUAACCUGGGCGACGAGGAGGCAGUGCUGGCACUGGGAGACGGCCUGCAGUGCUCCAGCGCUCUGUUCCGUCAUGAAAUCGGCUACGUCCUGGGGCAGAUGCAGCACCCGGCGGCCUUCCCGGCCCUGCGCGCCGCUCUGGAGCGCUCCGGGGAGAACCCCAUGGUCCGCCACGAGGCGGCAGAGGCUCUCGGCUCCAUCGGCAGAGAGGAGUGUCGGGCAGUUCUGCAGCAGUACCGUGCCGACGGAGAACGUGUGGUCAAGGAGAGCUGCGAGGUCGCUCUGGAUAUGCUGGAGUACGAAAACAGCGAGCAGUUCCAGUACGCAGACGGACUGGUCCGGUUACAGGGUUGAAGGCUUCGCCAGCACGGUCUCCGCCCCCAGCCAGCAGAGGGAAGAACUUCGCCAUAUGAAAGAUACUCAUUACACAAACAUUCAGCAGGCGGUGAGAGCGUAGCAUCUACGUCCUCAACGCUAACAUCAGCACUGCUCCCGUUUCUCAGGCUGGAGGUUGGAGAAGUGACGGAGCCAUUCACGGGCUUUUCCUCUGUGUCUGUGUCUUAGGGUUAUGUGUAACCUGUGACUCAGGAGUGGACUCGGAGACAACUAAAUCUUGUGAUCCAGGCUACUCCGCAGCCGAUCACUUCUUUGAGCUCUCACACAUAUGUCGUUUUUCCACUACAUGGUAUCUACUCGACUCGACUCGACUCGCCUUUUUUGGUUUUCCAUUGUGAGAAAUAAGUUUCUGGUACCUGCUAACAGGUAAUUUUUUUUGUACUGCCUUAGUCAAGAUUCCACGCAAGCUGAGGCAAUACCAAAAGGUGGUGUUGAAACCUGCAGAGUACUGAUUGGUCAGAGACGGGGCUAACGAAAGAUGGGGGCGGGGGGUGUCCUGAACAAACCGGCUGUGUUUACCGGUAUAUAGUUUAUCCAGCGUUUUUUUUUUUUCUUUCUUCAGGAUCAUUAGAAACUAAUUUUCCUUUUGGCUGUGGCAACACGCCGAGAAUCAAAAACACCUUUCACAUCCUGUGUGUGUAUCGCGUUAGGUCACGGCAGUUUCCUGCUAUGACAACCAGACACGGCUCGACUCGCACAUGAGGCGGUGCUAGUGUGCAAUGGAAAAAGGAGGAUGGGGCAAGGCGAGUCGGACAGGUACCCUUAAUGUAAAAACGCCAUUAGAUGCAAGCCGGAGAUCUAUGUCGAUGUUGGUCCAUUUUAAACUUUUAACUGCUACAGAGAUCAACAGUUUAAGACAUAAGUAAAACCUCAUCCCCGCGUGCUGCUCCGAUUG